AUGGGCGCGUUGCGCUCUGAGGCAACAGAAGGUGAGGGGUCAUUUGCCAUGCCACCAGAGGGAGUGCACGUGUGGGAUAUGGGGCGGCUACAGCUGCUAGUGGAUGCUGAGCUGAUAUGGGCGCACUGGGAGCAGAGGCAGCAGAAGGUGAGAAGGGUUGCUUGCUUGCCCUUAGCAUCAAUUGCCAUGCCAUUGGGGGAGUGUGCGUGUGGAGUAUGGGGAGGCUGCAACAGCUGGCACGCUCUGCAUGGCAUAAGCUCGCCUCCUCCCUCCAUGCACUCCCCUCAUCACCCUACUCUCUGGAAGGUCCUUCCUCCUCCACCCCUAACUGCACGCCUGGAUGCCCCUCUCUCCCACCUUUCUGUACCUCCUUCUUUGAUUCAUGCAGACUUUGCCUUCUCCUUACCGUUUAUCCCCUCCAGGCACACUACGCAUGGCAUCAGCUCGUCUCCUCCCCCCAUGCACCCCUGUGGUAACCCUUCUCUCCGGAAGGUCCUUCCUUCCUCCUCCACCCCUCCCUGCACGCCUGGCACACUGCGCAUAGCAUCAGCGCGUCUCCUCCCUCCGUGCACCCCUGCGGUAACUUUUCUCUCCGGAAGGUCCUUCCUCCUCCACCCCUCCCUUCACGACUGGAUGCCUCUCUCCUUCUCUCCCAUUUCUCUGCCUCCUUCCUCAAUUCCUGUGGACUUUGCCUCCCCUUUCCGCCCCCCGUUCCCCCUUAUCUGCACCAGGCACACUACGCGUAGCCUCAGCGCGCCUCCUCCCCCCGUGCACCCCUCUCAUCACCCUACUCUCUGGAAAGUCCUUCCUCCUCCACCCCUCCCUUCACGCCUGGAUGCCUCUCUCUCGCCCUCACCCCUCCUCGCGCCUCUCGUCCAAUUGGAGGCCGCCACCUGGCGCGUUUCGAGCUGGGAGCUUCCGAGGCAGGCACCUGGGGAAGAGGCGCAUGCCACAAGAGCCCACCUGGAAAACGCCCUGGCGGCCUGCCGUCUGUUGAAUUCACCUGACGAGUUCAGGAGGCUCCUGGCAGAAUACGUGCGUCUGCUCACCAAGGAGGGGGAUGAGGGUCGGCUGAGGGAGGUGUGCCAGGAGCUGCUAGGGCCUAUGGACGCUGGGGAACAUGCGGUUACCACAGGCGCGGGCGUGGUUACCGAUAACCACGCGGGCACGGUUAUUCAGCGCAAUGCUCAAGUUGAUGAG